GAACAUGGCGCAAGCUCUGUCUGAGGAGGAGUUUCAGCGGAUGCAGGCUCAGCUCCUAGAACUCCGGACAAACAACUACCAGCUUUCAGAUGAACUACGCAAGAAUGGUGUUGCCAUCUGACUCAUUCAUCUGUCCAGUGAACACCUGCAGUGAACCAGCCCGAAUGUUACAUGCUGUCAUUAGUCAUUCAGAAAUUUCUCAUGGAAGUCUCCUUUGUUUGGCACUGAGCAAGAGCAAGAAAGCUCAGGAAGUCGAGGGGCUGCUGAGUGAAAAUGAGAUGCUGCAGGCAAAGCUGCACAGCCAGGAGGAGGACUUCCGUUUGCAGAACAGCACGCUUAUGGCCGAGUUCAGCAAGCUCUGCAGCCAGAUGGAACAGCUGGAGCAGGAGAACCAGCAACUGAAGGAUGGGGCUGCCAGGGCAGGGGCUGCCCAAGCUGGGAGCCUUGUGGAUGGGGAGCUGCUGAGACUGCAGGCGGAGAACACAGCCUUGCAGAAGAACGUGGCAGCCCUGCAGGAGCGCUACAGGAAAGAGGCUGGGAGGUCCUCAGCUGCCAGUGAGGGUCAAGGGGACCCUCCGGGGGGCCCAGCUUCCCCUGUCCUGGCCCCCAUGCCAUUGGCAGAAGUGGAGCUGAAAUGGGAAGUGGAGAAAGAGGAAAAGAGAUUGCUCUGGGAGCAAUUGCAAGGCUUGGAGCAGACCUUGAAGCAGGCAGAAACAUCCAGGCUGCAGGAAGAACUUGCUAAGCUCUCCGAGAAACUGAAAAAGAAACAAGAAAGUUUUUGCCGUCUGCAGACAGAAAAAGAGACACUAUUCAAUGACAGCCGGAACAAGAUUGAGGAGUUACAGCAGCGGAAGGAAGCUGAUCUUAAAGCCCAGUUGGCUCGAACUCAGAAGCUGCAGCAGGAGCUCGAGGCUGCCAAUCAGAGCUUGGCAGAGCUGAGAGAUCAGCGGCAGGGGGAGCGCCUGGAGCACGCGGCAGCCCUGCGCGCCCUGCAGGAUCAGGUGUCCCUCCAGAGUGCAGAUGCCCAGGAACAAGUAGAAGGACUUCUGGCUGAGAACAGUGCCUUGAAGACCAGCCUGGCUGCCCUGGAGCAGAUCCAAACGGCAAAGACCCAAGAACUGAAUAUGCUCCGGGAACAGACUGCUGGGCUGACAGCUGAGUUGCAGCAGCGGCAGACUGACUACGAGGACCUCGUGGGACAGAAAGAUGACCUCAACUCCCAGCUCCAGGAGUCAUUGCGAGCCAAUAGUCGGCUGCUGGAACAACUUCAGGAACUCGGGCAGGAGAAGGAGCAAUUGACCCAGGAACUACAGGAGGCUCGUAAGAGUGCUGAGAAGCGGAAGGCCAUGCUGGACGAGCUAGCCAUGGAGACGCUGCAGGAGAAGUCCCAGCACAAGGAGGAGCUGGGAGCAGUUCGACUGCAGCAUGAGAAGGAGGUGCUGGGGGUGCGCGCCCGCUAUGAGCGUGAGCUCCGGGAGCUCCACGAAGACAAGAAGCGGCAGGAGGAGGAGCUGCGUGGGCAGAUCCGCGAGGAGAAGGCCCGAACACGGGAGCUGGAGACUCUCCAGCAGACGGUGGAAGAACUUCAAGCUCAGGUACACUCCAUGGAUGGAGCCAAAGGCUGGUUUGAACGGCGCUUGAAGGAGGCUGAGGAAUCUCUGCAGCAGCAGCAGCAGGAACAAGAGGAAGCCCUCGAGCAGUGUCGGGAGCAGCACGCCAGUGAGCUGAAGAGCAAGGAAGAGGAGCUGCAGGGUGUGCGGGAUCAGCUCCAACAGGCCCAGGAGGAGCGGGACUGCCACCUGAAGACCAUCAACAGCCUGAAGCAGGAGGUGAAGGACACGGUGGAUGGGCAGCGAAUCCUUGAGAAGAAGGGCAGUGCUGCACUCAAGGACCUCAAACGGCAGCUGCACCUGGAGCGGAAACGGGCUGAUAAACUGCAAGAGCGGUUGCAAGACAUCCUCACCAAUAGCAAGAGCCGCUCAGGGCUCGAGGAGCUGGUUCUCUCAGAGAUGAACUCACCAAGCCGGACCCAGACUGGGGACAGCAGUAGUGUUUCUUCCUUCAGCUACCGCGAGAUCUUGCGGGAGAAGGAGAGCUCAACUGUUCCAGCCAGGUCCUUAUCCAGCAGCCCUCAGGCCCAGCCCCCGCGGCCAGCAGAGCUGUCAGAUGAGGAAGUGGCUGAGCUCUUUCAGCGCCUGGCAGAGACGCAGCAGGAGAAAUGGAUGCUGGAGGAGAAGGUGAAGCACCUGGAGGUGAGCAGCGCGUCCAUGGCGGAGGACCUCUGCCGGAAGAGCGCCAUCAUCGAGACCUAUGUCAUGGACAGCCGGAUUGAUGUGUCUGUGGCAGCAGGCCACACAGACCGCAGCGGGCUGGGCAGCGUUCUGAGAGACCUAGUGAAGCCAGGCGACGAGAACCUUCGGGAGAUGAAUAAGAAGUUACAGAACAUGCUGGAGGAACAGCUCACCAAGAAUAUGCACUUGCACAAGGACAUGGAAGUUCUGUCCCAGGAAAUUGUGCGGCUCAGCAAGGAGUGCGUGGGGUCUCCCGACCCAGACCUAGAACCGGGAGAAGUCAGCUAAAGACCUGCAGGCUGCACCCACUCCCUCACCUCCCCACCCCCCCGCAUUCCCUUGGGCUGUGGUGGGAAAAUGGGGGCCGCGCCAAAAUAAGAUAGGUUGGGAGACUGGGCAUUAAAGUGGUUGGAGGCCUGA